GCAGGGCGGGGCCUCGGCCACCGUGCGCCGGAGCUGUGGCGUCAAUGCGCCAGCCGUGUCCAUGGAGAGAGGCUGAGGUGGCCGAGCUCCGGCCCGAGGUACCGGGUCGCCGGGACGGCGAAGAUGUCGGCUUCGUUAGUCCGGGCCACUGUCCGGGCUGUGAGCAAGAGGAAGCUGCAGCCCACCCGGGCCGCCCUCACCCUGACACCUUCAGCAGUAAACAAGAUAAAACAACUUCUUAAAGAUAAGCCUGAACACGUAGGUGUGAAAGUUGGUGUCCGAACCAGGGGUUGUAAUGGCCUUUCCUACACUCUAGAAUAUACAAAGACAAAAGGAGACUCUGAUGAAGAAGUUGUUCAAGAUGGAGUCAGAGUGUUCAUCGAGAAGAAAGCACAGCUAACACUUUUAGGAACAGAAAUGGACUAUGUUGAAGACAAAUUAUCCAGUGAAUUUGUGUUCAAUAACCCAAACAUCAAAGGGACAUGUGGCUGUGGAGAAAGCUUUAACAUCUGACUCCUCAGGACUGCUCGGGCCAUGGGCCCCAGGAGAGCUGCGGACGCUCUGGGGCUUAUUGGAGAAAUCAUGUGACUGUCACGUGAUUAAGGUUUGUAACGUAUGACUGCCUUACAAGGAAAAUAAAGUGAUGCAUUUUGAAGACGAA